AAAAACUCCGUUCGUGUCGUUUGUUUUUGUGCUGCUGGUCGUCGUCGUCGUUUUGUUCUCCGUCGUUUCGUUGGUUGCGCCGCGAGUGUGAACAAAACAAAAUCCUUUCAAUCUUUUCCACACGUUGUGCGCUUUGUGCCUGGUGCGUAAAGGAAUUCCAAAGAAGUGCUAGUAGUUUCACGGAUCCGACUAGCUUUCUAUUAUUCGUGCAGGUCUCGCGAAACAGCCUCAAAAUUCACGACAAAAUGAGGAAUUUCAACUCACCGAAGUUCGGUCACUCCAUGGGAGACGAUUCCGACGACGACGAUUUCGAUUCCGGGACGGAGCCGGAAUUUCUGGUGGAACCGUACGUGCUGGAGGAAUUUCCCAUAACAGAGGAGAUCGAGGAGAUAGAAGGAGAUGAUGAAGAAUAUAAUCCGAAUGAAGAGAUUGGAACAUCGUCAAGCGACGACGAGGACGAUUCGGAUGAUUCAGAUUCCGAUAAGGAGCAGGAAAAUGACGGAGAAGACAGCAGCACGACGAACACGGUUCCGAAGAGGGUAAUCGAUGACUACGAUGAGGACAUGGAGGAGGAUGAAGUGAUCAAAGCCAUAAUUACCGAAAUCAAGAAGCCAAGAUCGAAGCCUCCAGACAUAAAGACAGAGGAUUUCGUAACGGAUCUGUGCUUUCAUCCGGACCAGGACCUUUUGGCCGUGGGAACGACAACUGGGGACGUAAUUGUCUACAAGUUCACAAAUGACGAGUGCACCAUCGUGAACACCCACGAAACCCACACCAAAUCUGUCCGGGACGUGGAAUUCAACGCAGACGGAGAUUUGCUCAUUUCCACAGCGAGAGAUCGCUCCAUUAUGGUGACGGACGUGGAAACAGGCAAGUUGAAACGAUUUUGGGACGAUGCCCAUGAGGAACCGGUCUACACGAUGAGUAUGAUCACGGAGCACACGUUUGCCACCGGGGAUGAUGGAGGAGUGCUCAAGCUGUGGGAUCUUAGGCAGAAGGAUCCCGUUUUCAAACUGAAGGAAGUGGAAGAUUUCAUCUCCUGUAUAAUUACGAACGAGCAGAAAAAGUACCUGCUGAUGACGAGUGGAGAUGGUUACCUGACGACCAUCAAUAUACCACAAAGGAAAAUGUACGUUCAAUCCGAGCCGUACGAGGAGGAACUGACCUGCAUGGGAGUGUUCCGGAGAGACAGCAAACUCGUGGUCGGCUCGUCAAAAGGCAACUUUUACACAUUCAACUGGGGACAGUUUGGAUAUCAUUGUGACGCUUUCAUUGGUCCAAAGGCGGGUGUCAACAAGAUGGUCCCCAUCACGGAACGGAUAGCGGUUACCGGCGGCGAAGAUGGCAUUCUGCGGGCAAUGCACUUGGUACCGGGACGAGUGCUCGGCAUAGUCGGUCAGCACUCGUUGGCGGUCGAGACAAUGGAUAUCAACAGCACCGGAGAGCUGAUCGCUUCCAGCUCGCAUGACAAUGAUAUCCGCUUCUGGAAUAUCAAGUAUUUCGAAGAAUUUGACGACAUCAAGUACAACAGCAAACCGGACAAGAAAGCGAUGACCCACAAUCUACCGUCGUCGAAACAAACUAACGCGGCGGAUUUCUUCUCCGGGUUGGCCGGGGACCAGAGUGGGGCCGAAGGCGAUUGAAGACAUACGUGGAGUGUGGAGUUUUCGGUUACUAAUACAAUGUAAUCGACUAUUUCGGUUAUUCGGUCUCAUCGAAGGUAAGUUUGUCAUAUUCUUAUUUGAACAGUAAGUGUUCAGCGCAUAUUGUCUAUAUAUUUUCCGUGAUGAAAGGUUGUUAAAAGUUAAAGUACGAAAAGAAAAGAGAAACAGUCAUUGAUCCGAACGCUCCUUAGAAGCAACGAUAUUCUAUAAUAAAAAAAAAUCAAGAUUUUGCAUUCAGGUGCAAACUGUAUGCAAUAGUUUCAAA